GCUCGCUCGCUCUCGUUAGAAACUAAACCCCUUGUAGAAACACUUUCUCCGUUUUCUCUCUCUUUAAUGGCAAAGCUCUCACAUUUCCCUGCCUUUAUAUCACGUAGAGAACUCUUUGUUGUUCUCCCAUGCUUCUUUUUCUUUCUCUCCUCCUCGUUGGCAGCAUCUGGUGGCGGCUCCAUCCGGGACCUUCUUCGGAACUACGGCCUCCCGGGCGGGCUCCUUCCCAACUCUGUGGAGUCCUUCGCCCACGACCCUUCCUCCGGCCUCCUUGAGGUCCGCCUCGAUUAUCCCUGUUACGCCCGGUACGGCGAUGGGCUCGCUUACUUCGAGAGCGAGGUGCGGGGCAACCUCAGCUACGGCGCUCUCUCCGGGGUGGUCGGAUGGUCGGAGGAGGAGCUCUUCCUAUGGCUGCCCGUCAAGGGGAUCGUCGUCACCGACCCGACCUCGGGCGUCAUCCUCGUCGACAUCGGCGUCGCCCACAAGCGGCUCCCUGUCUCGGUCUUCGAGGAGCCGCCGGAGUGCCGGCCCCCAGGGGAAGAAGUGGCGGCCAGAAUCGGGCUGUUUGGCAGAAGAAAAUGGUUUCCGCAACCGAGAUAAUAUUUACGACUGGACAAAAAGACACACUUCCCUGUAUUCGAUAGUCAUCCCUCCCUCUCUCUCUUCUUAACCUCGAUGAACCCUAAAAUAUUUGUGCUUGAAAUGGAGUGUGGUCACUGUUCUCGAAACCACCACCUAAUCGUCUCUUCAUCUCUGUAACCCAUCCAUCGAAGGCUUGAUAACAACGGUGAGCAGUGCCAGCUUGGCAACCUUGGUAGCUGAUGACAACGUAUCGGCUGUCAUUCUUCUUUGUCAAGUUGCAUGUUAUCUGUGCUGCUUCGCUCCAACUCGUGUGAUGUGAC